AUGCGUUUCCAGCUGCUUCCCCAGGCUUGCCUCUUGUUGCUGACAUGUUUCAUGGCACGGGCAGCUGGCUCAUGGGGUUCUUCCGCGCCUGCUGGCGAGCGCGCAGCUGAUUUCUUCGGUAGACAUGAUUCGGGUUCAGGACACACCAACAAUUGGGCAGUCCUUGUAUGCGCAUCUCGGUACUGGUUCAACUACAGGCAUAUGGCAAAUGCCCUUGGAAUGUAUCGUACCGUCAAGCGUCUUGGGAUUCCAGACUCCAACAUUAUCCUUAUGUUGGCGGAUGACGUAGCGUGUAACGCAAGAAACAAAUUUGCUGGCAGCAUCUAUGCAGAAGCUGGCAGGCAUUUAGACUUGUACGGCGAGAACAUCGAGGUAGAUUAUCGUGGAUAUGAAGUAACUGUGGAGAACUUCAUACGCCUAUUGACAGGUCGGGUGGAUCCCUCUAUGCCACGGUCAAAAAGACUUCUGACAGACGACCACUCGAACAUAUUCGUCUACAUGACUGGGCAUGGAGGAAACGAGUUCCUCAAAUUUCAAGAUCAAGAGGAAAUAAGUGCAUUUGAUAUUGCUGACGCAUUCGAGCAAAUGUGGCAAAAGAAACGGUGGGAUUUCCCGUCGCGUCGUCGUAUACGAAGCUCACGAUGGACCAGAUACAACGAAAUUUUAUUCAUGAUUGAUACUUGUCAAGCGAAUACCAUGUACUCUCAAUCUUAUUCCCCAAACAUUCUCGCCACUGGGUCGUCUCAGAUUGAAGAGAAUUCUUACUCCUAUGAAAAUGACAAUGACAUCGGCGUCUCCGUCAUUGACAGCUAUACACACUACGUCCUCAAAUUCAUGGAGGGAAUAAACAAGACAAGUCAGGCAUCUAUGCAAGAUUUGUUCGAUUCAUAUGACCCGGUGAAAAUUUACUCUCAUCCAGGCAUCCGGUCCGAUCUUUUCCGCCGUUCCUUGGACAAGACGCUUAUCACCGAUUUCUUCGGGGGUGUUGCACAAGCUGAAGUCUUCCCAUUACAGGACAUCGUAGGCUCAAGUAACCACCAUGACAAGGAUCCUACUCUUCCUACUUCUUGGAAGCCAGACGCACCGUCUGUACCGGUAGUGUUGUCGGCAACCCUGCCGAAAUUGACAGGCGAGAUGCAUGAAUUGGAUAAUAAAUGGAAACAAGUCAGAAAAUGGACCUCCAUCUUUGUCGUAGGAUGUCUUGUAUUCUGGGUUCAUCUUGUACAGUAA